GGUUUCACUGGACCAUUUGAAGUCAGCUAAAUGUUCCAUGCCAGUCCUUAGCCUUUGGUGUCAUUGCUGAAUGACCGAAGAUGUCUCAUAGCAGGUUGUUUGCCAGGCUGCUUUUGCAGCAGAGUGGAGUCAGACACUGCUAUACAGGAACGAGAAAGAACCUCUACAUCAACAACAACACGAAGGUCAUCUGCCAAGGAUUCACAGGGAAGCAGGGAACGUUUCACAGUCAGCAGGCUCUCGAUUAUGGCUCCCAGUUAGUUGGAGGAGUUUCUCCUGGUAAAGGUGGGAAAACACACCUUGGUCUGCCAGUCUUCAACUCUGUCAAGGAGGCAAAGGAUGGUACAGGGGCUGAUGCAUCUGUGAUCUAUGUACCGCCUCCUUUCGCGGCUGCAGCCAUCAUAGAGGCAAUAGAUGCAGAGAUACCCCUAGUGGUUUGUAUCACUGAGGGUAUUCCCCAGCAGGACAUGGUAAAAGUCAAGCAUAAGCUUCUGCGUCAGAGCGCCACCCGCCUCGUAGGCCCCAACUGCCCAGGAGUCAUCAAUCCAGGAGAAUGCAAGAUUGGUAUUAUGCCAGGACACAUUCACAAAAAAGGAAGAAUUGGCAUCGUUUCAAGAUCGGGUACCCUGACAUAUGAAGCUGUGCAUCAGACUACACAAGUAGGCCUGGGCCAGUCACUCUGUGUCGGUAUUGGUGGCGAUCCAUUUAAUGGCACAAACUUCAUAGACUGUCUGGAGGUGUUCCUGCAGGAUCCUAAAACAGAGGGCAUCAUCCUCAUCGGGGAGAUUGGAGGGAAUGCUGAGGAGAAUGCUGCAGAGUACCUGAAGCAGCACAACACUGGAGAUAACGCCAAGCCUGUGGUGUCCUUCAUCGCGGGGCUGACAGCUCCCCCCGGCCGCAGGAUGGGCCACGCCGGCGCCAUCAUUGCUGGUGGAAAAGGCGGAGCCAAAGAGAAGAUUGCAGCUCUCCAGUCGGCUGGAGUUGUGGUCAGCAUGUCCCCUGCUCAGCUGGGGAGCACAAUGUACAAGGUGAUGAAGUCUGUGAAAGGAGUUUGAGAAGAGGAAAAUGUUGUAAAUUGCGCUCCAAGACACCCGACUUUUACCCCAUUCACCUUGGAAACGAGAGCUGGACAUGCCCUGAAGUAUCUGUAAAACCCAACAUUGAGACACACAAGCAGUGUUUCUAUUGUAAUUUUUCUGCCAUGAACUUGUACCUUGCACAUAAA